AUGAACUAGACCUGAUAGAGAGAUGUUGUUUCUGUGGAUUUGCUUACUGUUUCCCCUGGCCUGGGCUAGUCCCCUCCCUGUCUCAGAGCUUGAGGAGGCAGUGGAUGUGCUACUAACAACCAUGGAGGCUCACGAAAAGAAAAUUAAGAAUCUUCAAGAGGAAAUGUACAACAUCGGGGAUGUUCUGGAGAAACAAGCCUUCCUUCUCAAGCAUUUGGAGGAGAUCGUGGAGGAUAAAAAAGAUCCAGGUUACACCGAUGACGUAGGACAGGAGGAGGUAAGAGAGGACGAGGUGGAGGAUCAGGUGCUCUCAGAUGAACUGAAAAAAAUCCGAGACCUGAAGGACGAGGCUAAUCUUAACAUCGAAAAGGAAUACGUGGACUUUCCAAGUCCGGCGGAAGUGGUGGAAGAAGAGAUGCUGAGCUCGUCUGAAUCCGAGGAGACAGAAGAGGUAGAAAACCCAGAGGAGAAAUAAACAACGAAGUGUCGAGAACAUUAGUACUGAAUGGGUUUUAUAUAGUUAAAGUCAGUGCAGUUUAUUUAUUCUACACAAAGACAUGAAUUUAUUACCAUUACCAGUUUUCUAAACAAAAUGUUAUCUGUUGUUCAAAAUAUAAUUCUCCGGUCAUAUUUUUUCUGGUUUUGUUGUUCUAACUUGAAAAUUAUUCCCCCGAUAGCAUGGUAGAUAUAGAUAUUUUGCAAAACUGAUGUUUUAUGUUUUGCUCUCUAAGGUUCGUUGAUUCUCUGAUAAGAGAGACAACUCUUAAAGGGAUAAUUGCAUAUUAUUCCUUUAUAAAUUUGGCAAGUUCAGUAUUUUUGUUCAAUUCUGCUCUGCAAGCUAUAAUGUUUGCAUUUUACUUAUAAAUACAUUUCAUCUGGAAAAACAUGAGAGUUAAAGCAAAAUUUUAUAUGAGUCAGCAGAGGGAUGAUGAACCUUCAAUUCAUUUUGUCAUUGUAAUCAUUUAUCUUUAUCAUAUGCUGUAAAAUGUUAUAUACUUAAUUAAAACGGGGGGAAAUUAUAUUAAACGCAAUCAUUUAACUGUCAAACAACUGUUUCCUGCAUAUUCAGGCAGGCUCCAAUAGAGGUGGCAUUAACUACAAUGGUUCCAAAAUAUUUGAUCUGCCUAAACAAUGUUUGAAACGAGAGAAAUAACAAUACUUCCUAAAACCUUACGGAAAGAUAACAAGGUAAUAAAAUAAUGAUUUAGCCUGGAAGGUCUUCUAGCAAGUGCCAGUAUGUACUUAAAACAUACUUCAAAUAUGAGACCCAUUGGACAUAAAGCUAACCUGAGUCAUGUAGAACGUAUCGAUAAAUAAAACCCUUUUAUUAUAUUGUUUUCUUUGGAACAGAACAUUUUCAGAUUUUUCACCAUUUAAAACACAUCUUUGGAUUUCCUCUAUUUUUUAAGUAACUCAAGUCAAUAUCGUAAAAUAUAAGUUUGUUUGUGAUAUCAGGUCCAUGUUUUUGUCCUGUUUGCGUUUUGUACUGUUUACAGGAAUAACGAGAUUUCUUUCACCUUUUUCAUACUAUAAACUUUGCAUAUCUUGUGGAAUUAUUAUUAAUAAAGUUAUAAUAGAUACAUGUA